UGAUUAGCCCAGGCAGCCCUAGGCAUCAACGCCACAUUGAAGCCGACGCGUUGAGCCCGUCUGUUGAUGAGAUGACACGCGACAGGGCCUGAAGAAACUCCCCUCUGAUCGUUUGCAUGUUUUUAUUCCUUGGUUCCGCACGGGCGCGGGUGUUCGUUGUUCGAGCCCCUGCCCAAUCCUGCUGGGAGAACCCGCCACGCCCACCAACCCAAUCCAAUAGGGGGGUGGCGUGGCGGGGCCCAUCCACUGCCGACGUCAGUGGGGGCUGCCCUGAGCAGCUCCCAUUCAGCUGGGCUGCCCCUCCAACAUGCGGUGUCCCAAAAGCAAGUGCCAGAUGGAUUCGUUCGUCAGCUUAGUCUCCAGCCAAACGGCGCUGCUAGCCAGAAAGAAACCUCCGUGAUCUGCUUAAAGAGGAGUAAACCAAGUAAACAAACUUCCACGAAGCUACGAUAAUCGCCACAAUGGACACCGUCAAGCAAGCCCUCGGUCUUGGUAGCAGCGCCAAAGCUACUCCGCCGUCCGACGAGACGCUAGGCCAGCUGCGCGAGAAGUACACCAAGGCCGGUCAGGACCAGGUCUUCACCUUCUACGACUCCCUCGGCGCCGAUGAGAAGGCCGCGCUCUUCCAACAGCUCUCCCAGAUCGAUCCGGACCACAUCAAUACGAUCACCGACCGUGCCCUCAACCCGCCCCAGACAGAUGAUGCCGGCAAGGCACCCGUCCUCGAGCCCCUGCCCGACUCGGCCACGGCGAGCAUCCUCGACUCUGCCGCGGCUGACGUCGACACCUGGUACGCUUCGGGCCUGGACCUGAUCGCCCAGAACAAGGUUGCGGUCGUCCUCAUGGCCGGCGGCCAGGGUACCCGUCUGGGCAGCUCCGCUCCUAAGGGCUGCUACGAUAUUGGCUUGCCCUCAACCAAGUCCCUCUUCCAGAUCCAAGCCGAGCGCAUCCGCAAAGUCCAAGAGCUUGCGGCCAACAAGGCCGGUGGCGGCAAGGUGGUGGUGCCGUGGUACGUCAUGACGUCGGGCCCGACGCGCAAGCCGACCGAGGACUUCUUCAAGCAGCACAGCUACUUUGGGCUGGAGAAGGCCGACGUCAUGUUCUUUGAGCAGGGCGUCCUCCCCUGCAUCUCCAAUGACGGCAAGAUCAUCCUCGAGGACAAGGGCCGUGUGGCCGUGGCGCCCGAUGGCAACGGCGGCAUCUACCAGGCCCUCGUCGUGGCGGGCGUGCUCGACGACAUGCGCAAGCGGGGCGUGGCGCACAUCCACGCCUACUGCGUCGACAACUGCCUGGUCAAGGUGGCGGACCCCGUCUUCAUCGGGUUCGCAGCGUCCAAGGACGUCGACAUCGCGACCAAGGUGGUGCGCAAGCGCAACGCGACCGAGUCGGUCGGCCUGAUCCUGCUCAAGAACGGCAAGCCCGACGUGGUUGAGUACAGCGAGAUCGACAAGGAGACUGCCGAGGCGACCGACGCCAAGCUGGGCUCCGACGUGCUCAAGUUCCGCGCCGCCAACAUCGUCAACCACUACUACAGCUUCCGCUUCCUCGAGUCGAUCCCGCUGUGGGCCAGCAAGCUUCCGCACCACGUGGCGCGCAAGAAGAUCCCGCACGUCGACCUGGCCAGCGGCGAGGCCGUCAAGCCUGCCAAACCCAACGGCAUCAAGCUCGAGCAGUUCGUGUUUGACGUCUUCCCCAUGCUGGAGCUGGCCAAGUUUGCCUGCAUGGAGGUCCGCCGCGAGGACGAGUUCUCGCCCCUCAAGAACGCCCGCGGCACCGGCGAGGAUGACCCGGACACGAGCAAGCGCGACAUCAUGCAGCAGGGCAAGAAGUGGAUCGAGGCCGCCGGCGCCACUGUGACGAGCGAGGAGACCGAUGCCGGCAUCGAGGUCUCGCCCCUUAUCAGCUAUGGCGGUGAGGGUCUCGAGGCGCUCAAAGGGAAGUCCAUCAGGGCGCCUGCUCUGUUGAACAUGGAGGCCCCCUGAUUAAGUCCGAAGCUUUCUCGAUUCUGUUGUAGCAGGCCUCUAAAAUCAGGUGAUGGUGUCGGUCUGCGGGAAGGACCACCAUUGUUUUUAAAAUGUUCCGGGACACCUGAUGUUUAUGAAAUGAUGAAAAUUCGUGCCAUACGGUUCGAUAUGUGAUUAGAUGGGUCACAACUAGCCUCUUGGUAGCCCAAAUAUCAAGCGCGAUGAUGACCA